AUAAAGCAUGCAAAGCCUUCAGAAAUAGGCAAUUCAAUUCCAACACACUGUUUAAGUAUAAUGCUGCCUUAUGGGUAGACGUAGACCUGGCUUGCAACAAAGGUAUUAGUACACCUGACAGAGGGCGUAUUCCAAUGCUGGUUUGUCGGUUUAGUCAGAAACGAAACCUAAAAACCCAACAACAACGACGAUCUCCUCUUCCGUGGUAGCAGGGCGAUCAGAAUGAGCAGCUGACGCAUCACCAAUCUUUACCAUUAACUAUUAGCUGAGGCAACUCCCGGAGGACCCCUGCAGAGAAAGCUAUACGACCAUGAGCAACUUAAUGUUAAGAGAGGACUUCAUGGAUUGGUGGACUUCAUUGGCUGCGAGUAUUGCCUUGCUCUGGCUUCUGUGUUUUAUAGACGGCCACGCGGUGCUCGAGCUGCGGCUGCUCUUCCACGCGCUCACCAAGGCGGCAUGCCACCUCUACUUGGCGCUCCUCCCGCUGCGCCGCGCCGCGAGCCACUUCGCCGACUGCGCGAGAUACUUCGUCAACCACGCCCAGCAGCCCGCUCCCUCUUCGGCCCAAGGAUACCCACCGCACAGCCACCACCCACCCCCCGCGCGGAAGGGCACGCUCCACUUCAUAGAAGCGAUGUGCGUGGUGUGCGAAACGGUGCCCAAUCUGAUGUGCGCGGCGCUCAGCGUAGGUGCGGCGCUCUGCCACGCCUUGCAAGGGGGCUUUUACGUGCUGGCCGCGACGCUACGCACCAUUCAGGCGAAUCUAUUCUCGCAGAUGAACGGCGAGAAGGACAGGUGGGACAAAGAGCGCCACCGCGCGAAAGAGACGGAGAAAAAGAUGAAUUCCAAAGUGCUGGAGUACAUCUCGGUGUUCUGUCAAGACCCAGUCACUGCUCUGCGCAUCAAAGUGGACGUGCCACCUGUAUAUAGAUAACAUAAUGGGGUUACGUAUAAUAUAAUUCUUUCUAUUGGCUACUGGCAUUAAAGGGCCCUUCGUGUAUCUGCUAAAAGGGGUUAUUUGUGCUGAAAGGUUGUUAUAGUUGUUAAUUGAAAGGAAGACGACUUUUAUAACCUGGGACGGAACACAAAAUGUAUGAAAAACAUUGGUUGUACAACACAGUGUGUGAAGUGU